AUGUUCGGAGGUACAGCCAGCGUAACGACCCUCGUAGCUACGUCGCAUGUAGCUGAUGCUCGCUCUCCCUCGACUUGUACUAUAGGACCCGCUCAAGGACCGACGCCUGCGCAAAUGGCCUUGGCCAAACUGCAGGCCCGCGACACGUUCAAGAACUUUUUCAUCACCUUGAUUGGGUUGAGGAUAGGUCAGUUCAUCCUACCUGACCUCAUAAAAGACGCAUGACUAGAAGUGCGCCCGACCUGAUCUCCCUUCCUCCUCCCACCCAACCUCUGGACUUUCCUUUGCCGCACAGCUCCGUUCGCAUGGGACUUUGCUCGAUCUUUCUUCAAGAAGUGA